AUGAAUUCUGCCAUUGACAUUAAAUUUCACGCUAUGAUUAUAGAACUUACCCUCGAUUACGAGUAUAUUGGAGCUCACAUUAAUGAAUAUAUUGAAGCAGAAAACCUGUUUGAUGUAUUUUAUUUUGAAGAUCUCGAAAUGAUCUUCAAAUAUGUAAACAUGACUCCAGAAAUUUACAAUUCUAUUCAUAAGUUAGCAAAUGGUAAAUUUGAUAUAUCUAAAUUAUUCAAAAAAUCAAGCUGUACUGCAAAAAAUCUUCAGGACGUAAUUUCAACACUCGAAAUCAUCAAAGAAAACAUGAAUGUUAAUUUGUUAAAUGAUUCAAUCAUUGUUUUAAAGAAUUUAAACGUAUUUCUUUCAGAUCCUUCAAUUCUUGAAAACUCAGAUGAACGAAUUAGAACUGGAAUUCUUGGAAAUAUUGACGAACAGGAACGAACACGAAUAAAUGAAUAUUUAACACUAAGAGCCAAUAAUAAAGAAAAAGAUUUGAAAAUUGCACAGCUAACAGAAAUGAAUAACAAAACGACGGAAUAUCUCAAAAUAAUUUCAGAGUAUGAUUUCUACACAGAUUUUGAUACAGUUUAUAAUCUUUUUAAAGAAUUAAUAGAAAAAGAUAAUACAGUUAUUCUUAAAAUUGCAAUAAAUGGAGGACUUACAGAACACAGAGGCCCUGGUAAUUGA